AUGGUAGGGAAUCAGGAGGAAUACUGGGUUCCCGAGAACUACGACAACAUGUCGGCUGGCCGCUACCUGGCCACGCGGUUCUCGUCGCUCAAGCCGCCCAUGCUCAACUUGCCCAACCCAUGGAAGCUUCUGCGCAUGCUCAACCGCCAGCAAUGGGCCUUUUUCGCCAUUGCCUUCUGGGCCUGGACGUGGGACGCCUUUGACUUCUUUACCGUGUCCCUGACCGUUGCGGAGCUCGCCGAGCAGUUCGACAAGCAAACCACAGACAUCACCUGGGGCAUCACGCUCGUGCUCAUGUUCCGAUCCGUCGGCGCUGUCCUCUUUGGUGUUGCCGCCGAUCGCUACGGUCGCAAGUGGCCCUUUAUCGUCAACAAUCUGUUGUUUAUCGCCCUGGAACUGGGAACUGGCUUCUGCAACACAUACAAGGAAUUCCUCGCCUGUCGCGCCCUGUUUGGCGUUGCCAUGGGUGGUUUGUACGGAAAUGCCGCCGCCACCGCAUUGGAAGAUUGCCCGGCCGAGGCUCGCGGUAUCAUCAGCGGUAUGCUCCAGCAAGGUUAUGCCUUUGGAUAUCUCCUCGCCGCCGCCUUUGCUCGUGGUCUUGUCAACACCACCUCUCACGGAUGGCGCCCUCUGUUCUGGUUCGGCGCCUGCCCGCCCGUCCUCUUCAUCGCCUUCCGUCUGAUGAUGCCCGAGACUCAGACAUACCGUGAACGUGAGCGCAUGCGUAUCGAGGCCGGCCAGAACAGAGUCGGCGACGAAUCUGUCGGCAAGGUCUUCAUCAAGGAGGGCAAGGUGGCCGUCAAGCGUCACUGGAUCCUGUUGACCUACCUUGUAUUGCUCAUGGCCGGCUUCAACUUCAUGAGCCACGGCAGCCAGGAUCUGUACCCUACCAUGCUGACGAACCAGCUGGGUUUCAGUCCCGACAAGGUCACCGUGACACAAGUCGUUGCUAACCUGGGCGCCAUGACUGGUGGUACCAUUGUUGGCUUCGUGAGCCAGUCGGUGGGCCGUCGCUUCAGCAUCAUCAUCUGCUGCAUUGUCGGCGGUGCUCUGCUCUACCCCUACACCUUUGUGCACGACACGUCCGUCAUGGCCGCUGCUUUCUUCCAGCAGUUCUGCGUGCAGGGAGCCUGGGGAGUCAUUCCCAUCCACCUGAUGGAGCUGUCUCCCGGUGCCUUCCGAACCUUUGUCGUCGGUACAGCUUACCAGCUCGGUAACUUGGUGUCUUCGGCCUCUUCCACCAUCGAGGCGCGCAUUGGCACGCGCUUCCCUCUGCCACCCACAGCCGCUGGCAAGCCGCGCUACGACUACGGCAAGGUCAUUUGCAUCUUCAUGGGCUGCGUCUACGCCUACGUCCUCAUCCUGACGUUCUUGGGUCCCGAGCAGCUUCGCAAGAGCUUCGACGUGGCUUACGACCACGACGCCGCCGAGGUUGCUGGCUGGGACGACAAGCCCAAGGCUGUGCACGACGAGGAGUUUGAUACCAAGGCGCGGGACUCCACCGCGGAGAAGCGAGCUGCUGAAGAGGUGUAA